CCCCCUCUCCCUCGUCUUCCGGAGUGUGGCUGGCGGAGCCGGGAUGGCGGAGCGUGGAGGCCUGGAGCCGUCGCCGGCCGCGGUGGCGGCGCUGCCGGCCGAGGUGCGGGCGCAGCUGGCGGAGCUGGAGCUGGAGCUGUCGGAAGGGGACAUCACACAAAAGGGAUAUGAAAAGAAAAGGUCGAAACUCCUGUCUCCAUACAGCCCACAGACACAAGAAACUGAUUCAACAGUACAGAAAGAACAUAGAAACCAGACCCCAGCUGCCCCUGCAGCUCAGACUUCUGCUCCCUCUAAGUACAAGCACCACCGGACUCGGUCUGCAGGGGCCAGAGACGAGCGGUACCGAUCAGAUAUCCAUACUGAAGCAGUUCAGGCAGCUCUGGCAAAACACAAAGAACAGAAAAUGGCUUUGCCCAUGCCCACCAAAAGGCGGUCCACAUUUGUCCAGUCUCCUGCAGAUGCCUGCACUCCUCCCGACACGUCUUCGGCCUCUGAGGAUGAGGGCUCACUGAGACGCCAAGCUGCGCUCUCUGCUGCCUUGCAGCAGAGCUUACAGAAUGCCGAGUCCUGGAUCAACCGUUCAAUUCAGGGAUCGUCCACUUCCUCAUCUGCAUCUUCUACGCUGUCCCACGGAGAGGUCAAAGGAACCAGUGGGUCUCUAGCUGAUGUAUUUGCCAAUACUCGAAUAGAGAAUUUCUCUGCUCCCCCUGAUGUCACUGCAACUACCUCUUCCUCCUCGUCCUCCUCCUCACUUCGCCCAGUGAAUAUUGAUCUGCCCCCUUCUGGGAUUGUUAAAGGCAUGCACAAAGGAUCCAACAGAUCCAGCCUUAUGGACACAGCUGACGGUGUUCCUGUCAGCAGCAGAGUAUCCACAAAAAUCCAACAGCUUCUCAGUACUCUGAAACGACCCAAAAGGCCACCUUUAAAGGAGUUCUUUGUGGAUGACUCUGAAGAAAUUGUGGAAGUACCUCAGCCAGAUCCCAACCAGCCAAAGCCUGAGGGCCGACAGAUGACCCCUGUGAAGGGAGAGCCCCUGGGAGUCAUCUGUAACUGGCCGCCUGCACUGGAGACUGCCUUGCAGCGCUGGGGCUCCACCCAAGCCAAGUGCCCCUGUCUGACUGGGCUAGACGUGACUGGGAAGCCAGUCUACACGCUCACAUAUGGAAAGUUGUGGAGCAGAAGUUUAAAGCUGGCCUACACACUGCUUAAUAAACUGGGGACCAAAAACGAGCCUGUGUUGAAGCCUGGAGACAGGGUCGCCCUGGUUUACCCAAACAAUGAUCCAGUCAUGUUUAUGGUGGCUUUUUACGGCUGUCUCCUGGCAGAAGUGAUUCCAGUGCCAAUAGAAGUGCCUCUCACCAGAAAGGAUGCCGGAGGUCAGCAGAUUGGCUUCUUGUUAGGGAGCUGUGGGAUCGCCUUAGCUCUGACCAGUGAAGUUUGUCUGAAGGGUCUGCCAAAAACCCCAAAUGGAGAAAUUGUACAGUUUAAAGGUUGGCCUCGGCUCAAGUGGGUUGUAACAGAUUCCAAGUACCUUUCAAAGCCACCGAAAGAUUGGCAGCCCCACAUCUCACCUGCUGGCACAGAGCCAGCAUACAUCGAGUAUAAAACAAGCAAAGAAGGGAGUGUAAUGGGAGUUACAGUGUCCCGGCUUGCAAUGUUGUCCCACUGCCAAGCGCUGUCACAGGCCUGCAAUUAUUCUGAAGGAGAAACAGUAGUAAAUGUUUUAGACUUUAAGAAGGAUGCUGGGCUGUGGCACGGCAUGUUUGCGAACAUAAUGAAUAAGAUGCAUACAAUUAGUGUCCCGUACUCUGUUAUGAAGACCUGUCCUCUUUCUUGGGUUCAGAGAGUCCAUGCCCACAAAGCCAAGGUAGCAUUAGUGAAAUGUCGAGACUUGCACUGGGCUAUGAUGGCACAUCGGGACCAAAGGGAUGUGAGCCUGGCUUCUCUUCGCAUGUUAAUUGUCACUGAUGGAGCCAACCCCUGGUCUGUGUCAUCCUGUGAUGCCUUCCUGAGUCUGUUCCAAAGCCAUGGACUGAAACCAGAGGCCAUCUGUCCUUGUGCUACAUCUGCUGAGGCCAUGACUGUAGCAAUCCGCAGGCCUGGAGUUCCAGGGGCUCCUUUGCCAGGAAGAGCCAUUCUCUCAAUGAAUGGGUUAAGCUACGGGGUAAUACGGGUUAAUACUGAAGAUAAAAAUUCAGCACUGACAGUCCAGGACGUGGGACAUGUAAUGCCUGGUGGCAUGAUGUGCAUUGUGAAACCGGACGGACCUCCCCAGCUCUGCAAGACAGAUGAAAUUGGAGAAAUCUGUGUUAGCUCGAGAACUGGAGGCAUGAUGUACUUCGGGCUUGCUGGUGUGACCAAAACUACAUUUGAGGUGAUUCCAGUGAAUUCUGCAGGCUCUCCGGUGGGUGAUGUGCCAUUCAUCCGGUCUGGAUUGCUGGGAUUUGUAGGGCCGGGUAGCUUGGUGUUCGUGGUUGGAAAGAUGGAUGGAUUACUCAUGGUUAGUGGUCGAAGACAUAAUGCUGAUGACAUUGUUGCCACUGGACUGGCUGUUGAGUCAAUAAAGACUGUCUAUAGAGGAAGGCACACUGGCCUUCCCGCUGUUCCUCAAACCUGCCAAGCUCGUCCCUACCUCAGAACCUUUUCGCUUUCCGUUCCUUCUGCCCGGAAUCCUCUUCCUCCAGAUCUUCGCGUGGCUCGCGUCCUCACCUCACUCAGAAUUGCUGUGUUUUCUGUGUCUGUGUUUUAUGAUGAGCGCAUUGUGGUUGUUGCGGAGCAGAGACCUGAUGCUUCAGAGGAAGACAGCUUCCAGUGGAUGAGCCGUGUGCUGCAGGCAAUUGAUAGCAUUCAUCAAGUAGGGGUGUACUGUCUUGCUCUGGUCCCUGCCAAUACAUUGCCAAAAACUCCACUAGGAGGGAUCCACAUAUCUCAGACAAAACAACUCUUUCUGGAAGGAUCUCUACAUCCGUGCAAUAUCCUCAUGUGCCCACAUACAUGUGUGACAAAUUUGCCAAAACCUCGGCAAAAGCAACCAGGUGUAGGCCCUGCUUCCGUCAUGGUUGGAAAUCUGGUUGCUGGCAAACGCAUAGCACAAGCUGCAGGAAGAGACCUGGGCCAAAUUGAAGAGAAUGACUUAGUGAGGAAGCACCAGUUCCUGGCAGAGAUUUUGCAGUGGCGAGCCCAGGCAACUCCGGACCACGUACUCUUCAUGCUGUUAAAUGCCAAGGGAACCACUGUGUGCACAGCCAGCUGCCUUCAGCUUCAUAAGCGAGCAGAGAGGAUUGCAUCUGUACUUGGUGACAAGGGACAUCUAAAUGCAGGGGACAAUGUGGUUUUGCUCUAUCCUCCUGGCAUCGAGUUAAUUGCUGCAUUCUAUGGCUGCCUAUAUGCAGGGUGCAUUCCCGUGACUGUGCGACCCCCUCAUGCACAGAACCUCACUGCCACCUUGCCCACUGUCCGUAUGAUUGUUGAUGUCAGCAAAGCAGCGUGUAUUCUCACGUCUCAGACCCUAAUGAGGUUGCUAAGGUCCCGAGAGGCGGCGGCAGCUGUGGAUGUGAAAACGUGGCCAACUAUCAUUGACACAGAUGACUUACCCAGAAAAAGGUUACCUCAGCUGUAUAAGCCACCCACUCCUGAGAUGUUGGCAUACCUUGAUUUUAGUGUCUCCACAACUGGCAUGCUUACAGGAGUUAAGAUGUCCCACUCUGCGGUCAAUGCUCUCUGCAGAGCCAUCAAGCUCCAGUGUGAGCUCUAUUCUUCUCGGCAGAUCGCCAUCUGCCUAGACCCUUAUUGUGGACUUGGCUUUGCACUCUGGUGUCUCUGCAGUGUCUAUUCUGGGCAUCAGUCCAUCUUAAUUCCUCCUAUGGAGUUGGAAAACAACCUCUUCCUCUGGCUCGCCACCGUCAGCCAAUACAAAAUAAGGGACACUUUCUGCUCCUACUCGGUGAUGGAGCUUUGCACCAAAGGGCUGGGAAACCAAGUGGAGGUGCUGAAGACCAGAGGGAUCAACCUUUCCUGUAUCCGGACCUGUGUGGUGGUAGCUGAGGAACGACCCCGCAUUGCCCUCCAGCAAUCCUUCUCCAAGCUUUUUAAAGACAUUGGUUUAUCACCUCGAGCUGUCAGCACCACUUUUGGAUCAAGGGUCAAUGUAGCAAUAUGUUUACAGGGAACCUCAGGGCCUGAUCCAACUACUGUAUAUGUAGAUCUGAAGUCACUGAGGCAUGACAGGGUCCGGCUUGUGGAACGGGGUGCCCCACAGAGCCUGCUGCUGUCAGAGUCUGGAAAGAUCUUACCUGGAGUGAAAGUAGUUAUUGUUAAUCCUGAGACCAAAGGGCCUGUUGGAGACUCUCACCUGGGUGAGAUCUGGGUGAACAGCCCCCAUACAGCCAGUGGCUACUAUACUAUCUAUGACAGCGAGACUCUGCAAGCCGAUCACUUCAACACGCGCCUCAGUUUUGGAGAUGCUGCCCACACACUCUGGGCCCGGACAGGGUACCUUGGAUUCGUCCGUAGGACUGAACUCACGGCAGCCACUGGAGAACGCCAUGACGCCUUGUACGUGGUAGGAGCUCUGGAUGAGACGCUGGAGCUGAGAGGAUUACGCUACCACCCAAUCGACAUUGAGACUUCCGUGUCUCGAGUCCACAGGAGCAUUGCUGAAUGCGCUGUGUUCACGUGGACUAACUUGCUUGUGGUGGUGGUGGAACUAUGUGGCUCCGAACAGGAAGCCCUAGAUCUGGUUCCUUUAGUGACCAAUGUGGUUCUGGAAGAGCAUUACCUCAUCGUUGGCGUCGUGGUUGUGGUGGACCCAGGUGUGAUCCCCAUCAAUUCCAGAGGAGAGAAGCAGAGGAUGCAUCUCCGUGACAGCUUCCUCGCUGACCAAUUAGACCCCAUCUAUGUGGCUUAUAACAUGUAACCUGCUCUAGAGGCCACAGAGGCUACCCUAAGAGUUACAAAGGCGGAAGACCUGUGGCUAGGAGCAAGCUUUCAGCUGAUGUGAAGUGAGCUAGAAUGGCUCUGGUACAGCCUUCAUCUCGUCCUGUGGGAUUCUGCAGUCACACAGCACACAGGAAAGGAGAAUUCUAUGGUGGCAAAUGAAAAAAACAAGUCCACAGUCUGUUAGACCUCAGCCUUGCUGGACGUGAGCCGCACGUUACUAGAGCAGUUACUUGCAUGUCACGUUUUUUUCAUCUGGUGUACAUACUUGUAUUUUUAUCUAAUGUUUUAGAAUUUUGUAAGGGAGUUUAAUGAAUUCACAUGAAAGGGUAGUCUGAGUUCCACAGUUGCCCAGUCUGUACUGUAUUUUGCCAGUUUCCCGUAGCUAGAUGAUCUGCGGGUUUUGUUAACAGGAAACUACUUGGCUUAAUUUGAGUCAACCUAUAAGGAAAUCCGAUAACCCACUGGAUAUGAGAAUUACUUUCUAUAUCUAAUUCUUGACUGUAAAACAUUUUGACCAGAAUUUUAACAUGUAAAUAAGAAUACACAUGAUGCAGCUAAAGAACUGAAGAAUCGGCUUAUAUAAUUAGAGCCAGCACAGUAGAACGCCUCCUGCUUUGACACUUUAAUUGUAGUAGCCUAACUGCCUAGCUGACUGACAGCGCAGGUAGUGUGCCGCCUCUGCGCGCACCGCUCUUGGUCUGCUGGCUGGUGCGUUUCAGAAACCACAGCUGCCUGUUUGUUUUCAAAGCUUGCAUUCCUGGAAUUACCUUAAGCUUCUAAGGAUUCAACCUGUCUCUCUAAGCUGAAAAAAAAAACUCAUUUGAAAAUUAAAUUGUUAGGACGAGCUAAGAUUCAUCAGAUCCUACCCUAUUACAAGCAGUCAUAGCUCA